AUGGAUUUCGUCCUGACGCUGGUGCUCGGGUGCUCGCUCUACCUGCAGGCGGCCGCAGAGUUCGACGGGAGGUGGCCCAGGCAGAUAGUGUCAUCGAUUGGCCUAUGUCGUUAUGGUGGGAGUAUUGACUGCUGCUGGGGCUGGGUUCGCCAGUCCUGGGGACAGUGUCAGCCUGUGUGCCAACCACGAUGCAAACAUGGCGAAUGUAUCGGACCAAACAAGUGCAAGUGUCAUCCUGGAUAUGCUGGAAAAACCUGCAAUCAAGACGAGCACUCCCCAACUUCUCUUGACCAAGGCACUGAGCAGCCUCUUUUCCAACCCCUGGAUCGUCAAGUCACAAGUUUACCUUCAAGGGAUCUAAAUGAGUGUGGCCUGAAGCCUCGGCCCUGUAAGCACAGGUGCAUGAACACUUAUGGCAGCUACAAGUGCUACUGUCUCAAUGGAUAUAUGCUUAUGCCGGAUGGUUCCUGCUCAAGUGCCCUGACAUGCUCCAUGGCAAACUGUCAGUAUGGCUGUGAUGUUGUCAAAGGACAUGUACGCUGCCAAUGCCCAUCUCCUGGGCUGCAGCUGGCUCCUGAUGGGAGGACCUGUGUGGAUAUUGAUGAAUGUGCUGCUGGAAGAGCCUCCUGCCCUAGAUUUAGGCAAUGUGUCAACACUUUUGGGAGUUACAUUUGCAAGUGUCAUAAAGGCUUCGACCUCAUGUACAUUGGAGGCAAAUAUCAAUGUCAUGACAUAGAUGAAUGCUCUCUUGGUCAGUAUCAGUGCAGCAGCUUUGCUCGAUGUUACAACAUACAUGGGUCCUACAAGUGUAAAUGCAAGGAAGGAUACCAUGGUGAUGGACUAAGUUGCAUAUAUAUCCCGAAAGUUAUGAUUGAGCCUUCAGGCCCAAUUCAUGUAUCGAAAGGAAAUGGUACCAUUUUAAAGGGUGGCGGAGGACAUAGUAAUUGGAUUCCUGAUGUCGGAAGUACUAAGUGGCCUCUGAAGACACCAUAUAUCCCUCCUGUCAUUAGCAACAGGCCCACUUCUAAGCCGACAACAAGACCUACACCAAAACCAACACCACGGCCUACUCCACCACCACCACCACCACCUCUGCAAACUGAGGUCAAAACACCUCCACCACCUACAACCCCAGAAAAGCCAGCCACCAGACUGACAACUAUAGCACCAGCCACCAGUACAUCUCCAGGAGGGAUUACAGUUGACAACAGGAUACAGACAGACACUCAAAAACCCCGAGGAGAUGUGUUCAUUCCACGGCAGCCUUCAAAUGACUUGUUUGAAAUAUAUGAAAUAGAAAGAGGAGUCAGUGCAGAUGAUGAAACAAAGGAUGAUCCAGGUGUUUUGGUUCACAGUUGUAAUUUUGACCAUGGACUUUGUGGAUGGAUUAGGGAAAAAGACAGUGACUUGCACUGGGAACCAACCAGGGACCCCGCAGGUGGACAGUAUCUGACUGUAUCGGCAGCCAAAGCUCCAGGGGGAAAAGCCGCUCGCUUGGUGCUACCUCUUGGCCACCUCAUGCAUUCAGGGGACCUGUGCCUGUCAUUCAGGCACAAAGUGACAGGACUGCACUCUGGCACGCUCCAGGUAUUUGUGAGAAAACACAGUGCCCACGGAGCAGCCCUGUGGGGAAGAAAUGGUGGCCAUGGCUGGAGGCAAACACAGAUCACCUUGCGAGGGGCUGACGUCAAGAGCGUCAUCUUCAAAGGUGAAAAAAGGCAUGGUCACACUGGGGAGAUUGGAUUGGAUGAUGUGAGCUUGAAAAAAGGCCACUGCUCUGAGGAACGCUAACAACUCUAGCUGUGAACGCCUCUGUUGCUCCCUCUUCUUUUCCAACUCUCAUCUUCACUUCUUCCUCUUUUCAGGCCUAGGAGAAGAGUGGGUCAGUGGGUUAGAAGGAAAUCUGGUUGGUGACCCAGGUCUUGCUGACCUGCUUUUGUGCAAUGACAAUUUUGACACCCUCCUUGAAAUACGGGGCCAUCUGCCGACACAAUCCAGCCAUCUUUGAGUGAUGCCUUGCAUCCUGUGUCUCUUUUAGGAAGGCCUACAG